UAUUGGCCUCCAGAAAGUAUCCCAUGAUUCUCAUGCUGCUGCUCUGGUCAGCGGUUUGAACUCUGCUGCCCUGCAGCCAAUUUGCCCCUCCCUCUUGCAUGCCCUGGGAUUUUAACAUCUCAUUUCCUGUUUGCUGGCUUCCCAGAUGAGCUUCCCAGGUGAGCAUGGCUGGCUGUUGCACCAAACGCACUCCCACUUGGACCACCACUGAGUUGUUGGAUCUGAUCAGUAUAUGGGGAAAAGAGUCUGUUCAGUCGCAGCUGUGAGUGACUCAUAGGAAUUGGGACACAUGGGCAGAUUUCUCGGGGCUCGUGUGAAAAGGGCUAUGACCGGGGGACACAUCAGUGUAGAGCGAAGAUAAAGGAGCUGAGGCAGGCGUGCCAUAAGGCACGGGAGGCAAACCAUCGCUCCGGUGGUCACCUAAGACCCGCCACUUCUGUAAGGAGCUGAAUGCUAUCCUCAGUGGUGACCCCACCUCCACUGCCGAUUGCCCCAUGGAUACUUUGCGUGCAGCUGACAGAGGGGGUAACCCGGAAGCUGAAAUUGUGGAUGAAGAAGUUGAGCUAGAAGAGGAUGUGGUGCUCCCAGUGGGGCAGGCAGCCAGGAACUUUUCUCCACUCCAGAAAUGCUCAACGGGGAGCAGGAAGCAGAUGACGCCAGGCUAGUCAAGACUCUUUUAGAAUAGAGUAUGAUACCUUUGGUGAACUAAAGGUCCCAAAUGACAAGUAUUACGGUGCCCAAACUGUGAGAUCUACAAUGAACUUUAAGAUAGGUGGUGGUAGCGAGAGGAUGCCAGUUCAAGUUAUAAGAGCUUUUGGCAUCUUGAAACGAGCAGCUGCUGAAGUAAAUCAGGAUUAUGGUCUUGAUCCGAAGAUUGCUAAUGCCAUUAUAAAGGCAGCAGAUGAGGUAUCUGAAGGUAAAUUAAAUGAUCACUUUCCUUUGGUGGUGUGGCAAACUGGAUCUGGAACACAGACCAACAUGAAUGUAAACGAAGUCAUAAGCAAUAGAGCCAUUGAAAUAAUGGGAGGUAAACUUGGAAGCAAGGAUCCAGUGCAUCCUAAUGAUCAUGUUAAUAAAAGCCAGAGUUCAAAUGAUACGUUCCCAACCGCAAUGCAUAUUGCUGCUGCACAAGAAGUUAAUGAAGUGUUGUUACCUGGACUACAGAAGCUACAAGAUGCACUUGAAGCAAAAUCCAAAGAAUUUUCCCAGAUCAUAAAAAUAGGGCGCACUCAUACACAGGAUGCUGUUCCACUUACUCUUGGACAGGAAUUCAGUGCUUAUGUGCAACAAAUUAAAUAUGGUGUGGCUAGGAUUAAAUCAGCCAUGCCAAGAGUCUAUGAGCUGGCAGCUGGUGGCACUGCAGUUGGUACAGGAUUAAAUACCAGGAUUGGUUUUGCUGAGAAAGUUGCUGCUAAAGUGUCUUCACUGACAGGCUUGCCUUUCAUCACUGCUCCAAAUAAAUUUGAAGCUCUUGCUGCUCACGAUGCUCUAGUUGAACUCAGUGGGGCAAUGAACACUGUGGCUUGCAGUCUGAUGAAGAUAGCUAAUGAUAUUCGUUUCUUGGGUUCUGGACCACGGUCUGGUCUAGGGGAACUCAUCCUGCCUGAAAAUGAACCUGGAAGCAGCAUCAUGCCAGGAAAAGUAAACCCUACCCAGUGUGAGGCUGUAAGCAUGGUGGCAGCUCAAGUGAUGGGAAAUCAUGUUGCUGUUACAGUGGGAGGCAGCAAUGGACAUUUUGAAUUGAAUGUUUUCAAGCCCAUGAUUAUUAAAAAUGUAUUAAACUCUGCAAGGCUCCUUGGAGAUGUCUCUGUUUCCUUCACUGACAACUGUGUGGUCGGAAUCCAAGCCAACACGGAGAGGAUCAACAAACUAAUGAACGAAUCUUUGAUGUUGGUGACGGCGCUUAAUCCCCACAUAGGAUAUGACAAGGCAGCCAAGAUUGCCAAAACAGCACACAAAGAAGGGACAACACUAAAAGAAGCAGCUAUUAAGCUUGGAUUCCUUACAUCAGAACAAUUUGAUCAGUGGGUGAAGCCUAAAGAUAUGCUAGGUCCCCAGUAAUUUUAACAAGUGUACUUAACAGGAAAAAAAUUAAAUUGUAUAAAACAAGAUAUUUUGCAGCUCACUUUGUUUUUCAUGGCCACUUUAUCAUGACUGAUGUGCUUUUCCAUAUGGGUCAUAAGGUUAUAUUAGGAAAUUGUUCUAAUAUAAUAAAUAUAUGCAAAUAUAAUAAAUAUUCCAAAAAGAUUGAUCCAUCCAACUGCAUCUCAUUGCUAGAGAUACCUCAUUAUUUAUGUAGUUAGGAUGCAUGUCCUCAAAAAUAAUUGUAUACUUGAAAGGAUGGUGCUACCAGAGCAAUAUCUAUACAAUUAACUCCAUGUAAUAAAAGACAAUGUGUCUUUUAUUAUUGAAACAAAACAUAAAGAAAUACUGUAAAUUACUUCCUUUAUAAAUCAUUUGAUUAGCUAGUUUAAAGUAUAGGAGCCUUCCAGUACUGGAUUGCCUGCUUUAAACCAAAAGGCAAGAUUUGUUCAAGAAUAAAGAUGAAUGACUAAUUUGA